UUCGUAUUCAUUACGGGGCCAAUUCGAACUCAUUCGAAUCUCAAAUUUGUAACGUAGAUAGUUCAAUUGGAAUCGUGGCGUCGUCAAGCACUGUCGAAACCAAAACCAAGAUGGUACCGAACGUCACAGCACUAGUAGCGAGAUCGACAAUGAGCACACAGCUGAAUACGACCCUUGGUUUGAAUUCGACGUUACUAGUUCCAACAUUUAUAAGUCAAGAGGAGUUUUUAGCUCUGCAAAUGACCAACGUGACAGAUGCCAAUUUGACAUCAAACGACACGACCAUAAACCAAGUAGUACUAAAGACUUGGUACCCGAGCGGGUACUCUCCUGCGCACAUAAUUAUAGCUUCAGUGGUUGUGACAGUAUUGAUGAUCAUGGUGGUGGUAGGUAAUAUGUUAGUGAUCAUUGCUAUAGUGACGGAGAAAGCGUUGAAGAACAUACAAAACUGGUUCAUAGCGUCUCUGGCCGUGUCAGAUUUUUUCUUAGGGUUAGUGAUAAUGCCGUUUUCAUUGGCCAAUGAGCUGAUGGGGUACUGGAUUUUUGGGUUUUGGUGGUGUGAGAUACAUUCGGCAAUGGAUGUGUUGUUGUGCACGGCGUCUAUCAUGAACCUGUGCCUCAUCUCCCUGGACCGCUACUGGAGUAUCACGCAGGCCGUGGACUACCUUAAAAAGCGGACGCCGGCGCGAGCAGCGCUCAUGAUAGCGGCAGUGUGGCUAAUGAGCGCGCUAGUGUGUAUACCGCCCUUAUUAGGAUGGAGGGUGAGCAGGCCGCCGGAGCAGUUCCCACAGUGCAAGGGUACCGUGUAUCAGCAGAUGUAG